CUCCUCCAGGAGCUGCAGCUGGGCUGGGCACCUCAGGAUCUGCAUGGCUCUGUGACCGUGGGGCAGGCAGUGACACCGAGGAUCCGUGGGGCGCUGGUGGCACUGGGGCAGUGUCCCUGACCCGUCCCCAGGCGGCCACAGGGCUGGCCCAGUGCCCAGUGCCCAGCAGGAUGGACCCUGCCCGCUGCCCCCCAAGGCAGGGGGCACUCGCUGGCCCGUGACAGCUGGUGUUAACCAUUGUCACCGAGUGCCACACAGUCUCCAGACUCCCACUCCAAGGCCCUCUGGGACCCACAGACUCAGGAUUGUUGCAGGCAGGACCAUGCAGAUCCUGACGCACCCAGCCCAGCUGCAGCGCCUGGAGGGGAUCCUGAGGAAGAGCCUGCCCCUCGCCCUGCCGGUUUUCGGGGCAGUACUGAACAUCAACCGGGGCAACCCUGGCCAGUUCGAGGUGCUGGUGGACAAAUGGCCCGAAUUCGGUGCUGUGCUGGCCCGGCCCAGCGGAGAGGUGCCAGUGAACGAUGGCUACUGGAACACACAGGCAGCGUUUUACCGGGACCUGGGGGCGUACCGGGCGCUGCUGGAGACCCCCGGGUGCCUGCGCUGGGAUGUCGCCUUCACCCUCAUCGGGCUACAGGAUGGGGUGACCACGGUGUCCCAGGACCUGGCGGGGAGGAAGGGCGUGGAGCUGGACAUCGUCGAGUACUACUCCUACUGGCACCCUGACCCCAGCACCAUGCCGGAGCCCCGGCCGGCCCCCGGGGUGCGGGUGGGCUCCCUGCAGCCCUCGCACGUGGACCUGCUCAACAACACGUGGCCCUACGGGGGGAACGCCCGCAGCCGGCGCUACCUGGCCGAGAUUUUGGGGCGCUUCCCGCAAGUGUGCCUGCAGGAUGGCAGCGGGGAGCCCGUCGCCUGGGUGCUGACGGAUCAUUUCGGGACGGGCACCCACAGCUACACCCUGCCCGAGCAGCGGCGGCGCGGCCACAUGCAGGUGGCACUGACGGUGGCGGCGCAGCGGGCGCAGGCCCGCGGGUUCCCCACGUUUGGGUACACGGCGCUGGGCAACCGGCCCAUGCAGCAGCUGCAGGAGCUGCUGGGCCACCAGCGCCUGCCUGGGGUCUGCUGCUACAUCCUGCACAAUCCCAGCCUGGACAGGGACGGGCCCUGAGGCCCUGCUGUCCCCUCUCCACGCCGGAGAAAAGCCAACCUCAAAUUAAAGAGCGGUGUGGAGUCUC